CCCCCCUCCCAGACCCCACAGGCUUUUGCUUCAACAGUGCUUGAACGAAGCCUCUGCACCCCGGGACCGGCCUGCACCCCCUGAGCCUCUGCACCCCCAGACCGCCCAGCACCAUGAGCUCCCAGAUCCGCCAGAACUACGAGCCCGAGAGCGAAGCGGGCACCAACCGCCUGGUGAACCAGCUGUUGCGAGCCAGCUACAGCUACCAGUCCCUGGGCUAUUUCUUCGACCGGGACGAUGUGGCGCUGGCCCAUUUCUCCGAGUUCUUCCGGCACCUGUCGGGCGAGAAGCGGGAACAGGCCGAGCGGCUGCUGAGCUUCCAGAAUCGCCGGGGGGGCCGCAUCCUUCUGCAGGCUAUCCAGAAACCGGAGCAGGACGAGUGGGGGAACGGGGCGGCCGCCAUGGACUUUGCCCUGAAGCUGGAGAAAACCAUCAACCAGGCGCUGCUGGACCUGCACAAGGUGGCCAUGAGCCACGCGGACCCCCACAUGUGCGAUUUCCUGGAGACCCACUACCUGGACGAGGAGGUGAAGCUCCUCAAGAAACUGGGCGACCACGUGACCAAUCUGCGGCGUGUGGGGGCGCCCGAGGCAGGGCUGGGCGAGUAUCUCUUUGACCGCCUCACCCUGGGCGACAGCAGCUGAGCCCCAAGCUGCUCGUGGGGCCGGCCCCUUAAAUCCUGCUGCCCAGCUGGGCCGGAGGCCCCCGCUGCCUGCUGAUCACAGUGGGACCUGCUCCCUCCAACAUCUGUAACUGGCAUUGAAUAAAGGCUUGGCAUUAGCCCUCCA